UUCUCCUCUCAGGUGGAUCCAGCCAAUGUAAGGCCAAUUCAAGAAGGGGCUGUCAAUGCAUUGUUGGAAGCGGAAAAAGUUGCUGAAGCUACAAAACAAGCAAUCAAAAGGAAAAUUGCACAAGCUGCUUCUGUUGACUUCCAAUCACGAAGCCUACCGGCAAAGCUUCGUAUAGAACCGGAUGAUCCUAAGGAUGUGAAAAUUGGCAAACGCAAGAAGAUACAUGCUUUUAAGUCAAAAAUGAGGAUGGAGCAGUUGGAAGUCACUCAGAACAAGCAUCAAAAUGCUUGGCAGCAGUUCCAAACUACCAAAGGCAAGACUAAGAAGAGUGGUUAUUUAUCUGGACGCAAGCGGGAGAGCAUCUUCAAGUCUCCUGACGAUCCUUUUGGAAAGGUUGGGGUGACUGGCAGUGGGAAGGGUUUGACAGACUUUCAAAAGAGAGAAAAGCAUUUGCAUCUCAAAGGGGGAGCAGCUGAGAAUGAUGAUGAGGCUCCUUAGCUCCAAAUCUACCUUCCCUGUACCUAGUCAAAAAGGUCCAAUCUGAGCUUGUUAGCUAAAAACCUUUGGUAGUAUUAAAACCUGUAAUGCUCUUACGACCGUGGUUAUUGUUGCUGUAAUAGUUUGCUUCUCCUAUUGAAUAUGUGUUUUUGUCUAUAAAUGAAUGAACGGUUUCAUAUCACCAGAGGUCAGAGAUUUUUUAGGGGCUUAGGUAGAGCUUUCCUUGUUGAGCCAUCUUUGUUGGUACUACUCUGGUUCCCAGGAGGGAUCAUCGCCAAAUGGCAGAACAUUGGUCUAUAUGGCCUUGCAUAUUGAAUAGCUGGGAUGGGAAUUGACAGGAGAAA